AUGCACACCGUCUUUCGAAUUGAUGAAGUUCGAAAACUUGACAAGAAAAGUCCACUUUAUCAAGUGGACCUUAAACUUACGUCGGAUGAUGACCAACAACUUCGUCAAUUAACCGAUCGUAUACGAAAAGAAGUCGGCGGCACUGGAUGGUAUCGACUGGGUCAAUUGCUACUCAAAAUUGGUCAAUUCAACAAGGCUGAAGAAUUGUACAUGGCACUACUAGAACAGGCUUCUAACGACAGUAAUAAAGCAGAUAUCUAUCACCAGCUUGGAUGGUUGAAAGACGGCCAAGGACAAUACAAACAAGCAGCUUCAUUUUAUGAAAUGUCUCUCAAAAUUAAACGAAAAACUCUACCAGAAGAUGACCCUUCCUUGGCUACUUCCUACAACAACAUCGGUCAAGUGCAUAACAGUAUGGGUAACUACUCGAAAGCACUUGAAUUUUACGAAAAAGCACAUAAAAUAAAAGAAAAAGCUCUGCCUCCGAAUCAUCCCGAUUUGGCUACUUCCUACAACAACAUCGGUCAAGUGUAUAACAACAUGGGUGACUACUCGAAAGCACUUGAAUUUUACGAAAAAGAUCUCGAAAUCACGAAAAAAGCUCUGCCUCCGAAUCAUCCCGAUUUGGCUACUUCCUACAACAACAUCGGUGGAGUGUAUUACGACAUGGGUGACUACUCGAAAGCACUUGAAUUUUACGAAAAAGCACUUGAAAUAAGAGAAAAAGCUCUGCCUCCGAAUCAUCCCUCAUUGGCUAUUUCCUACAACAACAUCGGUGGAGUGUAUAAGAACAUGGGUGACUACUCGAAAGCACUUGAAUUUUACGAAAAAUCACAUAAAAUAAAAGAAAAAGCUCUGCCUCCGAAUCAUCCCUCAUUGGCUACUUCCUACAACAACAUCGGUGCAGUGUAUAACAACAUGGGUAACUACUCGAAAGCACUUGAAUUUUACGAAAAAGCACAUCAAAUAAAAGAAAAAGCUCUGCCUCCGAAUCAUCCCAAUUUGGCUAGUUCCUACAACAACAUCGGUGCAGUGUAUAACAACAUGGGUGAUUACUCGAAAGCACUUGAAUUUUACGAAAAAGAUCUCGAAAUCAAGAAAAAAGCUCUGCCUGCGAAUCAUCCCGAUUUGGCUACUUCCUACAACAACAUCGGUACGGCGUAUUCCGGCAAAGGAGACAACUCAAAAGCACUUGAAUUUUACGAAAAAUCACAUAAAAUAAAAGAAAAAGCUCUGCCUCCGAAUCAUCCCUCAUUGGCUACUUCCUACAACAACAUCGGUAUGGCGUAUUCCGGCAAAGGAGACUACUCAAAAGCACUCUCAUUCUUAGAAAAGGCACUUUCUAUCUUGCAAAAAUCACUUCCACCUAACCAUCCUAAUAUUAAAACAGUUACAAACUCAAUUGACUAUGUAAAAAA